AUGAUACACAUAAUUCUACUCUUCUGUUUUGUCUCCGUUGAAUCAUCUCAUUUCUAUGGUGGAACAGUGACAUGGCGUCCGAUGAGUAAUACAGAUACUAGUUCAAAAGUCUCCAUUCUGUUCACACAAUCGUAUCAAUGGCGACGAUCUUAUGGCUCUGCAACAUUUUGUGAUCAAACUAUAAUAACAAAUCAAUCACCUAAACUAGUCAGUGGAUCGGAUACGCUUCAAUGUACUACCACACCCUCUAGUGCAUGCGGUUCUUACUCUUCAAUAGAUAUCGGUGAAUAUUGUACUGAUUUCAGUACUAUUGUUGAUUCAAGUUCAGGCCAAAUCUCAACACUUCAAAAUAUCACAGCUGGCUCAAAGUUCUGCGUAGCUUUUCAAGGUACUGCUUGGAUCGGUUUACAAUCAACAAAUUGUGUAACUGGAAGAAAGAAACGAUGGCUCUUUGGUUCAGCAUCAACAACAAAAAGAACAACAGUAUCAACGACAACUGGAGCCACUUGCUAUAGUACAAGUGCUGCAUGGUCAAUCGGAUGUUGUGUUGAUUUGACGUUUAGAUCAGAUGGAAUCAUUAAUACACCACCGGUUGCUACGAUCCUAUCACAGAAUACACUUUAUUCUUUGACAGCAUGA